AUCGUAAGUAAAUGCUGGAAGUCUGGGACUGACAGGAACCUGCAGGUGUACCCAAUAGGAUCUCUCAUGUGUAUAUUCAAUUGCAAAGGCCACUACUGACAUGCGUCCUUCUCUCGAUUCUCUGGAUGACGACACGCUGCUCGGCGUCUUCUCUGCGCUAACAGUUCCAGAUUUACUCAACCUGAGACAAACAUGCCGUAGACUGCUAGUCUUCUCAAGGCAGCAGAUUGUGUGGCAGAACAUCGCUUCUUCUCAGAUAUUGCAGUGGGGCAUACCGUUCUCUAAGAAACCUAUUUCGAGUUUCUCUGUCCGUGAUCUGGAGGACAGAGUACGUCGAGCUUACCAUCUGGGAAAUGCUUGGAAAGCUCCCUCUAUAAUAUUUCGCGCGUCCGGCUUCGCAGCGAGUAGGGGGGGUCCCGUUCAAGGCAUCCACUUCAUUCCAGGCUAUGAUCGGAGAUGGUUCGUCACAGUCUCACAAGGUAUCUGGUCGAUGAUCACACUGUGGGAUCGCGGUACCUUGACACAAGUUACUUCCUGGUCCCCAAAAAAGGCUGUUUUCUCUGCUCUAGCAGUGAACACGUCUGAAGACUCUGAAGCUGCUCUCGCGGUGUCACUGUACCAAUUUGACUCCGCCGUGAUCGAGAUAUUGGCUAUCACGUCUACAGCGCCAGACUCCUCGCCACACUUUGAAUGCAUUGCUCGCUUCAAGACGUUGCGUCGGCCGAUUGCUAUGCGCGGGUCCUUACUGGCCUUGGCGGACGACGAAGCUGAAACUGUAAUAUGGAACUGGAAAACGCAGGAGUAUGCUGUCAUGCAAAGUCCUGUCGAUGCAGGCCUUCGGCGGAACCAAUGCACUCAGGUCGUCUUUGCAUACAAGACCAUCCUUGUCGUCAGGGCUCGUUCAGUUCAUGCAUUUGCGGAGCCACAAUUAGCACCACAUCCCAAUACAUGCACCCAUCACCCGUAUGCCAAGAGCACAUUUGGUUGGGUGGAUGGCAUCUUUGUCGCUGUUCCGCCAUCUUCUCCCGAGGAUCCUUCAGGAAUGAAAGGGCAGCAGCUGUCCAUACUCGUUCGCACGAAGAGUGAUGACCCGUGGUCAUCCACAUUCAAGAUUCAACUCUGGACUUUGAGUCCAAUGAUCGCGUCUAAUGACACCGCUGUCGAUAGGCCGCAUUACGAUUUCCCUCCUUCUAUGACCACUGAAAUCAUCACCCCACGUCGGGGGGCCCUACGAUGCACCGACAUGGUGCUUGGCCCAUAUGGGACUGCGGUCUGGGUACAGCCAGGAGACUAUUCAAUUGCCGGCCUAAUAUCUUCGAAUGUUCACCUGCAACCCAUGCCUGUCCCGCAAUCUCACGAUACACUUGUAGCCGCCGCCUUUCCUGGAUUGCUGAAUGCUCAGAGUGAACCGCAGGUCAAGUCAUCGUGGAAGAAUUACGGCGAGAAUUGGACAUGCCUUGAUUACGACGAGGAAAGAGGCUGCGUUGCACUAGGCUCGAAUGUUGGCGCUGUCACUAUUCUGGAUAUAUAAAUUUACAUAUCGGCGUUUCAGCACUUGUACACUGCUAGUCAAUCCAAUCGAAGGAAGAUAGUCAAAGCCUAGGCCAAAACACGUGUCGUUAUCUUUUCGUCGGGUUC